UUCAUCAAAAAUGGCCACUGUCACGCUGACAGACCACCAUCAGUCCCUUAAAGAGGCUCUUGUCGAAAGCCUCACCGCUAUUUUGUCCCCAGAUCAUAAUGUUAGAGUUAACGGAGAAGAUCAAGUUAAAGCACUCGAAGUUACAGAAGAGUUUGGUGUGCAUUUAGCUCAGUUGACAGUGGACAGAAAUGGACCUUUGGCUAUCCGUCAGCUUGCCUCUGUCCUACUUAAGCAGUAUGUUGGGGCUCAUUGGUCCUCACAAACAGAAAAAUUCCGCAUGCCGGAAACAUCACCAGCGGCAAAAGCAGAGAUUAGAAAAAUAUUGCCAAUGGGGUUGAACGAAUCAAUCAGCAAAGUUCGAUCCAGUGUAGCAUACGCAAUAUCUGCAAUUGCCAACACAGACUGGCCUGAGGCAUGGCCGGAUUUGUUCCAGAUUCUGAUGCAGGCUCUCACCAGUGGAGACACAAAUGCUGUACAUGGAGCCAUGAGAGUACUGGCAGAGUUUACCCAGGAUAUAACGGAUGUCCAGAUGGUUCAUGUUGCUCCAGUCAUUCUACCAGAAAUGUACAAGAUCUUCCUCCAACAUGAGGUUUUCAGCAUCCGAACAAGGUCAAGGGCUGUGAGCAUUUUCAACAUCUGUGCAGGCAUGAUUGCUACAAUGGCGGAACUGAAAAGGGGUAUAGCGAAGCAGCUGCUGUUCCCAGUCCUGCCCCAGUUCACUGAGGCCUUCGUCCAGGCCCUAUUGGUUCCUGAUGGCCCCGCAUCCGAUAGUGGCCUGAAGAUGGAGAUCAUGAAGGCCUUGACAUCGCUGGUGAAGUCGUUCCCCAAGAUGAUGUCGCAGUGGAUUGGUCAGAUUCUACAGCCAGUGUGGAGCAUCUUCACACAUAGCUCAGACUUCUAUGUGAAGACGGUUGUGAACAAUGUGGAGGAGGCCGAGGAUCCUGUGGACUCUGAUGGUGGUACGUUGGGAUUUGAGAACCUGGUGUAUGCAGUGUUUGAGUUUAUCCACGCCCUCCUGGACAUCGGCAAGUUCAAGGGGCUUGUGAAAAAGUCUAUCAAUGAAAUUCUGUACUACGCCAUAGUCUACAUGCAGAUCACAGAAGACCAGGCACGGAUGUGGACAAGCAACCCUGACCAGUUUGUGGAGGAUGAAGAUGACGAUACUUUCUCCUACUCUGUCAGAAUCUCGGCACAGGAUCUUCUCAUGUUAAUAGGUCAGGAGUUCGAGCUAGAGUCCGCCCUGGGUCUGUGUGCAGCCAUCACCAGACAUCUACAAGAGGCAGAAACACAGAAACAACACCACGAAAACUGGUGGAAGGUUCAUGAGUCAUGUAUGCUGGCCUUGGGCACGGUGUGUAACCUUGUCAUGGAGACCGUUAAGUCUGGCACGGUCCAGUUUGACAUCUCGGCCUUCUUACAGAAUGUCGUCCUUACUGAUCUGAACCUUACAGUUUCUCCAUUCCUGAUUGGACGAUGUUUGUGGACAGCUAGUCGAUAUGCCGAGGGAAUGAACCAAGACUUACUUCAAAGGUGCCUGCAGGCCACUGUAGGUGGUAUCCACCCCAGCCAGCACCCCGUGAUCCGUAUCUCGGCAAUCCGGGCGGUGUACAGCUACUGCGAGUUCCUAAAGGAGUCAGGCAGCUCCCAGAUGCUCGUCCCUUUCCUCCCCAACAUCACCGAGGGGCUCAUCGCCGUGGCAACACAAUUCUCCUCUGAUGUUCUCUCACUCUGUCUGGAAACUCUCUCCAUGGUUCUCUCGGUGGAUAAAUCUUUCACAUCGUCCUGUGAAUCCAAAGUAACUCCAUUAACUAUAGCUGUGUUCCUGAAAUAUUCAAGUGACCCAGUUAUAACGAGUAUAGUCCAGGAUCUAUUUAAGGAGCUCGCAGUAAAUGACACAUGUAUGUUGCCCCUACAACAGAGGCUGUUGCCCACUCUGGUCAGCAUACUGCAGGCCGAGGAGGGGAAAGUGGCCCUUGGAUUACCCUCUGUAGCCCUGGAUAUCCUCACAACUAUAGCGAGAGCCAGCAAGGCCCCAAUGUCUGAUCAGCUGCUCGGUGCCUUUCCUGCGGCCGUGUACUGUACACUUCACACGGAUGAUAAUGCCACCAUGCAGAGUGGUGGAGAAUGUAUACGAGCCUUCGCCUCUGUUGCCAUGGACCAGAUUGUACACUGGCAUGAUGAACAAGGGAACUCUGGUCUGACAUACAUCAUCCAAGUGAUAUCCAAGCUCCUGGACCCUAAGACGUCACAGUUUACUGCAUCAUUUGUUGGUCGACUGGUGACGGUGGUUCUCUCAAAGGUUGGAGGUCAGCUCGGGGAGCAGAUGGACCUGAUAUUGCGGGCUGUCCUCAGCAAGAUGCAGCAGACUGAAACACUCAGUGUGAUGCAGUCCCUGUUGAUGAUAUUCGCCCGGCUGAUGCAUGAUCAGAUGGAGGCUGUCCUAGAAUUUCUGACGAGCGUGCCCGACCCGAUGGGAAAACCAGCUCUCGAGUUUGUCUUGAAGGAGUGGUGUGCAAGGCAACACUCUUUCUAUGGGGCUUAUGAGAGGAAAGUCAUGGUGGUUGCCAUGGUUAAACUGCUGCAGCACAUAGUGUCAACAAACGACUCGCGUCUCAAGGACAUCGUUGUCGAGGGUGACGAGAUCAUCAGUGCCUCGGGGAAUGGGAUCAGGACAAGGUCAAAAGCGAAGGUAGAGUGGACGACAGUGCCAGUGGUUGUGAAGAUCUAUAAACUCCUAAUUAAUGAGCUGAACAACCAGAUAGAGAGCAGCCAAUCCGCUGCACAAAAUGACAGUCAGGAAGAUGAGGAGGAGGGUUGGGAAGACGAGGAGGAGGAGGGGGCAGGGGAUGUUCAAUUGAGUGGUCAGACACUGUCCAGUCUGCUGGACGAGUUUGCAGGAGAGUUGUCUACCUUUAUAGACGACGCAGAGGAUGAGGAAGACGACCCAGACGCUCUGCUUGAUCCUGUCAAUAAUGUCAACCUGCUGCCUUUCCUGACAGAGUUUCUCCAGUCACUAUCCCAACAGCCGUACUACGGAACUUUCACUGCACACCACACGGACACGGAGAAACAGAUCUUACAUAAUAUAAAUAUCAACGUGUAGUCUUGCACACCUAGUUUGGGUUUUAAUUUAUUUCUGAAUAGUUUUUAGAGCAUACAGGUGACAUCUGUUUGAUUUUAACUUCUGUGUGUACAUCUUCUUACAGUAUGGUUUACUUGUAAAAGUGUUUUAAUUUGAAUUUUAUCAUAGUCAGUUUUAUAAAACAAAAUAUCGGAUCUGAAUGCAAGGCUACUAAAGUUAAGGAUUAAUCUGGGGCGGUAUUCAAUAUAGUUCUUAUCUUUAGCCUUAGACACGCCUCAUUGAUUCCAUUUAGUCAAUCGGUCAAUUGAUUUUACUGUCCAAUCAAAACACGCAGAUUUUUUUCUUAUAUUUAAGAUUGAUCUAAGUUGUUUUUUUGAAUAUGGCUCCAGGGGUUCUGAAGUUUAGGAUAAAUCAAGGGUUCUGAAGUUUAUGAUUGAGAGCUAUUAACUUCAGACUAUUGAAUAGUUGUAAAGAUUGUGGACAUUUGCAUCAAAAACAGUAGAAAGUACCUCGAAAUGAAUAUACAGUCUUUGGAACCUAUUUUGUAAGUUGUAUAAGCCCCUUCACCAUGCUUUGGGCACGAAUCCCUCAUAUUUGUAUAAACCUGAAGCUUUUCUUCAAGAUUGACAAUAUCAGCUAUAAGAACCCCUUAUAAUGUUGAAUAUCAUUUAGUAUUAAAUUAAGUAUUGUAGUAGUUUUAAUGUAAGUGGAUUUAGAGCAGUAAUUCAGUCCAAGGUCAUACUGAUAAAGCAUAUGUAUCUUUUCCUUAAAUUACGAAAAAUCUCCAACUGUAUCAUUACUGAUUCAGGUUUUAAUGAAUUAUGCUGACAUUCUCCACACAACAGUAUUAGCAUUAGGAAUCUUCAGCUUUCUUCAAAACUGCUACUGUUCACUGUUUGUUUUAACACAUGCAUGUAAGUUUUAAGUAGGUAUUUGAAUAAAAAAAAAUAUCUGAUGCUUUUUCAAUGAAAUUCGAGAGCUAAUUUAGGUUAUCCGAAUGUAAUGCUUCGACCUCAUUCAUUUAAAGGUGUGUUUAGGUUGGAGUUCCAAAGGUUGGAGUUCCAAAGACUUUGGUUGAUUAAGCAUUUGUGCAAUAAUUAGCAGGUUUUUGUUUGGGAAAUUAGAUGUUUUAAAAAGCAUGACAGGGGAUUGAUAUUAAAUUGUGAAUAUUUUGAAAUUAAAAUACGUUUGUACCAUCUUGCCCAGGGCGAUUCCAUUAAAACAAAUUACCCGUGGUGUGAAGGUCUUUUUAAAUCAUACUACCUCCACCCCCCCCCCCCCCCUCCCCACCCUACAGAAACAAAUUUACCCUUUUGUGUUCCAAAUACGCGAAAAAAGAAACCCACCCAUAUACUAGAAAAAUAAUUGCCUUCCCCACCGUGGGCUAUAUGAUCUACUGGAAUAGCCCCCAGCAAUAUUGAAUUGUUUAUAUGUUACUAUGUACAAUAAUCAUGUAGUAUUGUACUUAAUUAAAAAAUCUUUUGUUUAAUAUUAUGAAAUUAUGGUUGUUUUAUUUAAUGAAACUCCAAAUUGUCAAUAUUUUAUCUUUGUAUUUAAAAACGUUUUACUCUUAUUGAAAUAAAAUGUAUCAGUUA